CAUGCACGCUCGUGCACGUAUUGAUUCCUGCUGGGCGUGGUCAAAGUGCACGUGGCUUCUGAUAACCUCGUGCACGUCCGCCGGCGUUCAGUCUGCAGAGGGACCGACGGAGACGGACAUGAUCAGGCUGCUGCUGCUGCUUCUGUCGUGCACGUGCACCGGCUGGGCGCUGCUCAGGGUUCCUCUGAGGCGCGUGCCUUCCAUUCGUUCACAGCUGCGGGCCACCGGACAGCUGCGGGACUUCCUGCGAGAUCACCACACCGACGCCUACAGCCGCCGCUACGCUCACUGCUUCCCCGCCGGAACGCCGUCGCUGCGCCUCGGACGUUCCAGCGAGAAGCUCUACAACUUCAUGGACGCUCAGUACUACGGUGAAAUCAGCCUCGGUACUCCGGCGCAGAACUUCUCAGUGAUCUUUGACACAGGCUCAGCUGAUCUCUGGGUGCCAUCGUCCUACUGCGUCAGCCAAGCAUGCGCACUGCACAAACGCUUCCGAGCAUUCGAGUCCUCUUCCUUUCGUCAUGACGGCCGAACAUUUGGCAUCCAUUACGGAUCAGGACACCUUCUUGGAGUCAUGGCCAGGGACACGCUGAAGGUGGGCGACCUGAGCGUCCUCAGCCAGGAGUUUGGCGAGUCCGUGUACGAGCCGGGGGGCACCUUCGUCCUGGCGAGGUUCGACGGCGUUCUGGGAAUGGCGUACCCCUCCUUGGCGGAGAUCCUGGAAAACCCGGUUUUUGACAGCAUGAUGGCGCAGAAGGCGGUGGAGGCGCCCGUCUUCUCCUUCUACCUCAACAGGAAGUCGGGCGGUGGCGGUGUGGACGGUGAACUGGUGUUUGGCGGCGUUGAUGAGGCCUUGUACACUGGACCAAUUGCAUGGCUUCCCGUCACGGCCAAAGGCUACUGGCAAAUCAAGAUGGACAGUGUGGAGGUCCAAGGCGUCAGCUCCCUCUGCCCUCGCGGCUGCCAGGCCAUCGUGGACACGGGGACCUCCCUCAUCGCCGGGCCAACCAAUGACAUCCUCAUCCUCCAGCAGCUGAUCGGAGCCACGCCCACAAACAUCGGCGAGUUCCUCAUCGACUGCGCCAGGUUGUCCAAUCUGCCUCAGGUGUCUUUUGUCCUGGGCGGGAUGGCGUACACGCUGACGGCGGAACACUACGUGAGGAAGGAGAUGCUGGCUGACAGGGAGCUGUGCUUCAGUGGCUUCCAGGCUGCAGACAUCGUCUCACCACAGGGACCCCUGUGGAUUCUGGGAGAUGUAUUCCUAAGCGAGUAUUACAGCAUCUUCGACAGAGGACAGGACCGGGUUGGUUUAGCGCCUGUUCGCCGCUCAGCUGAUCAAUAAAGUCUGAUUGGUUGUCAAUGAGGACGGCGUGGCGCAGUUAGGAGAGUGGCUGUGCCAGCAAAGCAGCAGUAAAGGGGACCACAAAAAAUUGCAUCAUUGGCUUUAUUUUAACAAAAAAAUCCUACCAUACAUUGUGUUUAUUAUUGCAAGUUUAUCCUUAAACCAUCUAAACGCUUAGUGGCCACAUGCGUGGACAGGACCUUUUAGCUUUUAUUUCCAAAAUUGUGUACACUGCUGAAUUGGGGUCCUAUGGCCACUUAUGUGGACACUUGUACUGCCAUCUGGUGGUGUCAGAAGAGUAUAACAUACAAUGGAAUUUGGAAGAAAAAAAGUGUAAAAAUAAGAAUUAGCAUGUCACUACACAUGAAGUACACUUUCAUGUACUUAUGGACUAAGGACAUCAUAUCAAAAGAUGAUUCUUAGUUGUUCUAAUUAGGGUCCAUAAGGCCAAAUAGCAAAGAGAAAUAAAAAAAGAAUGUAAACAAACAGCUUGGGCCUUAAGAGGUUAAAUAAAAUAGUGAACAUACAAGACAGCUUAUCUUUUAUGAGUAAGUAAAGAAAAACAAGGGCUUCUAAUUUAGCUGCUGACAUAUGCAGUAACAUGAGAGUUCCUGGUUCGAUCCCCAACUUUGUCGUGUCCGUUGUGUCCUUCACCCCUUGCUCCUGAUGGGUUAGGGCCUUGCAUGGCAGCUCCCGCCCUCAGUGUGUGAAUGUGGAAAUAGUGUCCAAGCGCUUUUAUGAGUACAUUGAAGGUAGAAAAGCUCUACUACACAAGUAUGACCCAUUUACCACAAUAAAGACAAUCCGAUAUUG